CUGCGAGAAGAUAAAUGCGGCAAGUAAAAGAACAAAGCAGUCCCCCAAGAUCAAAGAAAAAAAAAUCUAAAUCCUGAUAAGAUGGGAGAAGAGUGGAGAAAGAUGGCGGACACACACAAGAUGAGUCCAGAAGAAGUGAGAAAGGCCGGAGUAGAAGCUUCUAAAAGGCCACCAGGCCAGAACCCUGGCGGGGUUCUUCACCAGCGUCGUAACUUGCCCUACAGCCCUUACGCUAUGGCGGUUGGUGGGCUGCUUAUCAUCGGAGGCAUUGGCUAUGCAACCCUGUAUACGAAGAAGAAGCCGGAAGCCUCGGCGGGUGAUGUGGCGAAAGUGGCGGCUGGGGUUGGUUCUGUUGAAGAUACGCACCCCCGGAACACGACUAGUACUAGUAGUGUGUCCGGGAGCACCGGUGCUAGGAAAUGAACAAGUUGAUUUUAUGUGCUUUUGGUUCUUGUUAUGCUCUUGACUUGUCAACUUAUGCUUGUUUUUCCUCUCUAAAUUACUCUUGGAUUCUAGAUUUCGACUUCAUUUGGUAUUUUAGUAACACCACAACUAGUGCAAAUUU